UCAUCAAAAUCGAUCAAGUCAGAAUUCGAAUCUUCAGUUACCUGUUCAAAGUUUGAUUUUGAGGAAAAAGUACUCGAAAAACUUGUGCGGCUGGAACAUAAGAUGCAAAGACUUGAGAAGAAGAUGGACGUAUGGGAAAUGUCUAUUUCUUCUACGUUGGAUGAAAUAGGAAAUAUUAAAAAAGAAACUGAGACGUUUGUUGAAUCAGUACAAGGUGCACAGGUGCAAGAGCAAACGAGAUUUAACAACUCUUUCCGAGAACUGGUUGAACGUUUUAACACCAAGGUAAACAAUGAAACCUCAUCUUAUGGAGACCAAAUAGACACUUUACUGGAAUCUUUGUCAUCGAAAAUGCAAGUACUUAGUAUAGCAGGACAGAAAAGGGAGAGCGUUCAAAAAUUGAUGCAGUUUACUAUUCACCAGGAAUGGAAAAGAUUCAACCUAUCAUAUGACCAACUUGUGGAAACAUUUAAAGUUAACUUUAAUAACACAUUACAGGAGUUAAUUCUAAAACAAGAAAGAGGUAAUGCUGAAAUGAUGAGGAAUCAUAAGUCAGUUGCUUUCUCGGCUUACAGGACAAGUUCACAAGUUUCUGCAAUCAAAGAGAUAGUUAGAUUUGAUAAAGUCUGGACCAAUGAGGGAAAUGGAUAUGAUCCAUUGACUGGAAUUUUCACAGCUCCACGUGCAGGUCUUUAUCACAUAACUGCUGUAGUUAUGUCACCGUCUGCAAAAACUUUAUACCUUAGACUUUAUCUCAAUAAAGUACCGACCGCUGGAAGUCAUGUUUGCGGUGACGGCCAUAAGACUGGUACAUAUGAUGUUGUGUUUAGUCUGCAAAUGGGAGACGAAAUUUACAUUGCAGAAUCUGGUUAUAAUAUCUAUAGUGAUACCGGAACGUACAUCACAUUUUCUGGACAUAGUGUUGCUUAGCGCCACAUCAGAAAUGAAGUACUACUCUAGGUUUUUAGCCUCUAUUAUA